CUUAGCGAAAUUAUCCGCGAAGAUGAGAUCCCCAAAGACAUGAGAGCUGAAGCCGAUGACCGUUACAUGGAGCUUAUCGAAUAUGUGUCCAAUGCGGAUGAUGCUAUUGGCGAACUGUUCUUGGAAGAGAAAAUGCCUUCAGAAUCUGAGCUACGUGCUGGCAUCCGACGGGCAUGCCUACAACGUACCUUUACCCCAGUGUUUGUAGGUACUGCACUAAAGAACAAAGGAGUGCAACCACUAUUGGAUGCAGUUUUGACCUAUUUGCCACAUCCAGGAGAGGUCAAGAAUUUUGCUCUUCAGGAAGACAAGAAAGAGGAGGAGGUCCGCAUUCAGCUCCAUCCAGAAAGAACAGCCAACCAUCCCUUUGUUGGCUUAGCCUUUAAACUGGAGGCUGGGAAGUUCGGGCAGUUGACGUACAUUCGCGUCUACCAGGGCUGUCUGAAGAAGGGAGAGCUGAUCUUCAAUUCUCGUACUGGUAAAAAAGUGAAAGUGUCCCGGUUAGUCCAGAUGCACAGCAAUAACAUGGAAGAUGUUGAUGUUGUCUAUGCUGGUGACAUUUGUGCUCUGUUUGGCAUUGAUUGUGCUUCUGGAGAUACUUUCACAACCGAUCUAAAAUUGAAUCUGUCCAUGGAAUCCAUGUAUGUACCUGACCCUGUGAUAUCAAUGGCCAUCAAACCCAAGAACACAAAAGACUCGGACAGUUUCAGCAAAGCCGUCAACAGGUUUACCAAAGAAGACCCAACGUAUAGGGUGCAGUGGGACAAUGAGAACAAGGAAACCAUUGCGUCUGGUAUGGGAGAGCUCCACCUGGAGAUUUAUGCUCAGAGGAUGGAACGAGAAUAUGGGUGUGAAGUGUUGAUGGGGAAACCCAAGGUGGCAUUUAGGGAAACCAUCUCAGCUCCAGUGGAAUUUGACUACCUUCACAAGAAGCAGUCUGGAGGUUCAGGCCAGUACGGUCGUGUUAUUGGCAUUAUUGAGCCUGCAGAGGAAAAUACCAAAAAUGUGUUUGCAGAUGAGACAAUGGGAACAAACGUCCCCAAGCAGUUUAUACCAGCGAUUGAAAAAGGAUACCAUGCCUUUUGUGAGAAGGGUAUGUUGUCUGGGCAUAAAAUAUCAGGUAUAAAAUUCCGCCUGAAGGAUGGCGGGCAUCACAUAGUGGACUCCAACGAGAUUUCAUUCAUUCUGGCGGCACAAGGAGCUAUGAAACAGGCCUAUGAGGAUGGUAUGUGGAUUCUCUUGGAGCCCGUCAUGUCCGUGGAAAUCACAGCCCCGGAAGAAUUCCAAGGAUCCAUUAUUUCCCAGAUGAACAAGCGGAACGGAAUCAUCACAGGGACGGAUGCAAAUGAAGGAUGGUUCACUCUAUACACGGAGGUCCCCCUUAAUGACAUGUUUGGCUACGCUUCAGAACUUAGGUCAGCGACGCAGGGAAAGGGUGAGUUUGCGAUGGAGUACUCUCGUUAUGCCCCAAUGAGAAGCGAGAUGAUGGAGGCUCUGAUCGAGGAGUACACGAAUCCCAAAGGUGUUGAGGCCACAAAGAAAAAAGGAAGAAGAUAGGAUAGCAAAUGUGUUUGAUGUAGAUCUGUCUGUUUGUAUGUGUUUCUCGCCCCGUUUUGAUAAUGAUGAAUGAUACUAUAUAUGUUAUGGUAAUUUUGUAUAAAAUGUUAUCCAGAAGAUGCUGAAAGAUUAAGUGAUAAAUACCUUAUUUUUUUCCCUGCAAGUAAUAGGUUUAGUAUUAUUUGUAAAGACUGGAUGUUAAUUGUUAAAGGCUGUUGAGGGGGACUCCCCACGAAAGGUUUGUAUGUUGAGAAAAGUAAUAUAUAUCACUUUUUUAUUUCAUGAUUUUGGACAAGGUGCUAAUAAGGCAAGCACUUCAAUUUUAGAAUGUGGAAAAAAGUUGAUAAUAAUACAUUGUAUUGAACAAGAGAAAUAAAUAUGUACAGUAUUUAAUUAUUUAAGCAAAAUUGUUAUGUAAAUAAACUUUUUAUAUGAAAUUUA